GUUACGUAGGAAAACUCAGGGUUCUGGGCUUGGUGGAGGACCCACAAGGGGCAGUUGUUUUCUUAGGGUAAUCGUGACUCAGAAAGCAGUCACAGCAGGCCCGGUAAGUGCCAUGGUCUCCGGAUGUCAUCAGUGCCCCAGGGCCUCUAUGGGUGCCAGGCUGGGAAGAUGAGGAGGGCAGGGCUUUAAGCGCCGGAAGAUGAACAUUGUACUUCGUGACAUGGAAUAAUUCCAUCCCACCAAGAGCCUGGAGGAGGGCCUCUGGGACUGCCCUCCCCUUUUCUAUCUUCCCACAGGACUCCCCAGGGCGCUAGGUGCCCUUGCUCAAUAUUGCCUUUGGUUAGUGGCCACUCCCUAGCUAGGUGUGUGUGUGUUUGUGUGUGUGUGAUGGGGGAGGCUAUAUCUCCUGGGCAGUGGCCAGUGAGUUGUCUGCUUCCCAGUCAUCCCAAUUCUGGGCUCCGGGCCCAGUUUUUUAGGGGAGGGACAGGACAGGGGCUGGAGCAGGAGGCGGGGACAGCAGAGCUCCAAGUUGAAUCGAAAGCACUUUGGAUUCAGAAUCAAACUGAAAAGAGUGACAGCAGGAGCCAAGUGACUUCAGUCUGUUCCCAACCCUCCCACCCUAGGAGGCCCCAGAGCCAGGAUAGGAGUGGGAGGGGAGGGGUCCCAGGCUCUACGAGGAAAGGAACAGCAGAUGCCCACACCAGACUUGGGCCAGGGGCAGGAAUAGAUUCCCUCCAUGAGGGAGCAGCCUCCAGCCUACACCCUGACUGACAACAUCCAGAAGAUGACAGCUCCAUGGAUCCUCCUCUUCUUCGUUCUUGGUGGCUGGCCUUGGGUCUUGUCUCUGGAGAAGCUGAAAGCAUCCCCAGAUGUUGUUCAGUGUUAUCAGGGUCUUUCAUGUCGCCUCAAGGAAAACGACUUUCUCUGUCUGCUGGGGGGAAUCGAGCCCAUUAAAGACCCUGUGCUGGUGCCCACAAAGCUGCAGACAGAGGUGGUCCUUCAAUGCAGGGAAGAAAGUAACUGUGAUCUCUGUGUUCGAGUGACCCUCUAUCUAACAGUGCAGGAAUCUCUGGAGGCGGAAGUCAUACUCUCCUUCAAGGACUUCCUCUCUAACCGCUGUGUUUUGGUGGAGGUAGAGGUGUCUCCUUCCAUGGUACAGCCGGGCCAAAAUGUGGGCUACCUGGUAUUUGACUGCUUUAGGGCACCAGUAGGGGAUGAAGUGUGGAUCUGGUCCUAUACUCAGCCCCGUUACCAGAAGGAACUCAAUCACACACAACAACUACCAGAUUGCAUCAAACCUGAAUUGUGGAACAAUGUCCAGAGUUGCUGGGGUAUAGAAUGGAGUGGGGUCCUGCCCUGGUUCAACAUCUCCGCGGAAGGGGAUGCUGUACAGCUGGUGAUGGAUGUCUCUGCUGAGCAGAAUUAUGUCCUUUUCCUAUACUGGAAUCAGACCCAGGGUUUAAGCACAAGAUUUCAUGAAGUCUUGACAGGACCACACAACAUCACUGUGAACAACACGGAUCUUGUCCCGUGCCUCUGUAUCCAGAUGUGGCCAAAUGUGCUAGAUGCCAUCAGAAACAGCCACUGCCCCUUCCAGAAGGAUCCCAGGGCUCACAAGAAUCUGUGGAAUCAGAGCAAGCUGAAUCUGACAUUCUCGACACUCUGGGGGGAGACAGCCCUGAGCUGGAUGGUGAAAGCACCCUGCCCCUUGUCUGCAGAGAUGGUACUCUGCUGGCAGCCAGUGGGUAGUGAGCUUUGCCACCCUCUGCCUCUACCCCUGCCUCGGGAGAAUGUCAUUGUAAAUACCCUUCAGCAUCUCCCUAUGCUGACUCUUCAUCCCAAUAUUUGUCUUCAGGUGUGGAGUAGGGGAAAGCCCCAAAUUCAGAAGUGUCCACCAAAAGAUGUUCUAGGUCCCCUAAGGGAUGACAUGCUACUGCUCGAGACUUGGGGAUCUGUGGAAAACCACUCCUUCUGUGCCAUGGAGAUCAGUGGGUGUACCCCACUGCCAAGCCUGGCCCACACGAGAGCAGCCUUCCUUGGGAAACAGCUUCUUCAAGACUUGCAGUCUGGUCAGUGUGUACAGCUGUGGAAUGCCACAGGGACCUUGUGGGCUUGUUCUCUUCAGAAGUACACCCAUCAUCGCUGGGUCCUGGCUUGGCUGGCCUUCCUAGCCCUGGCUGCCUGCAUCCUGCUCCUCCUCCUGCUCAACAGAGAUGGUAUGAAAGGGUGGCUGCAGUUCUUGAAGGAGGACUACCGCUAUGGGGGGGCUGCCCGCGGCCGCAGAGCCCUCCUUCUUUACUCUCCAGACCACCCCAGCUUCGAGCGCCUCGUAGGCACCCUGGCUUCAGCCCUUGGGCAGCUGCAGCUCUCAGUGGCCGUGGACCUGUGGCACCGGCAGGAACUGAGCGCCCUGGGCCCCCUGGCAUGGUUCCAUGCCCAACGACGCCAAGCCUUGCAAGAGGGCGGGGUGGUCAUCUUGAUAUUCUCGCCCGGGGCAGUGGCGCUCUGCCGGGAGUGGCUCCAGGAGGUGGGAGCUCCCCGGCCCCCAGCUCCCACUCCGGACACCUUUGCGGCCUCUCUUAGCUGUGUGCUGCCCGAUUUCUUGGAGGGCAGGGCGUCUGGCUGCUACGUGGUCGCCUGCUUUGAGGAGCUGCUUCCCCCAGAGUGUAUACCCGACCUCUUUCAUUCGGUACCAGUCUUCUCUUUGCCCUCCCAGACGUCUGCCUUCCUGAGGGCCCUAGUAGGGCCUGGCAAGGGGCACCGGGACACUGUAAAAGCUCAUGCCACAAGAAUGGGCCAGUACCUGCAGCCUGCCCUGGAGGAAUGCCUGCAGCUGGGGGCAUCGUCCUCUCUCUGACCCACUCCUGGCUCCUCGCCUAAUAGGCCCAAGGGCGGCAGCGAGACCGAAGUCCUUUGUAACCACCUGGAGCGAAGGGCCCCUCCCCACCGUGAAGCCCGCCCAUCAGUGCCUCAAGACGUGUGGAUUUGGGGAGAGACGGGAACCCUUCCCGGCUAGGAGUGUCUGGGGAACGCCUGCCUAGGGUUGUGCAGGCAGUAAAUAAAGAUAGUCUUAUUUUUGUA